UAAAUGUCUUAGAGGCUAACCUUAAAAUUUGGACAGAUUCAUAUUUAGAACCCUCCUUUUAUAAAACAAAGGUGCAUUUGCUAUAUAUAACAAGUGUGUCUAUAAAUAUGCACACAAACAUUUAGACACACUACUCACACCUCACACUAUCAAUCUAUCAUCAUCUUUCCAUUAUAUCUUCCUUGUCUCACAAUUUAUACUACAAUAUUUUCCCUUGUUUUCAUGCUUGUGCAUUGUGAGUUUGGUAUUGAAAAUGGGAAGAAAGUGCUCACAUUGUGGAAACAUAGGCCAUAAUUCAAGAACUUGCAUAGCUUAUAAGGGUAAUGUUAGUAUGGCUACUAGUGGAAACAUUGGACUAAGGCUCUUUGGAGUGCAGCUUGUGGAGAUGUCCUCUGCUUGUUCUUCUUCUUCCGUUAUUUCGCAGGCUUUUGACAUGAAGAAGAGUUUUAGCAUGGAUUGUUUGAUGUCAUCACCUAACUCACCAUGCUCUUCUUCUUCUCUCGUGUCGAUUAAUGAGGUUUCGGAUCAGGCUUGUAUCGGGUAUUUAUCCGAUGGCCUAUUGGCUCGAGCUCAGGAACGGAAGAAAGGAGUUCCUUGGACGGAGGAGGAACACCGGGCUUUUCUAGCCGGACUACAAAAAUUAGGAAAGGGAGAUUGGAGAGGAAUCUCAAGAAAGUUUGUUACCACAAGAACUCCGACUCAAGUUGCAAGUCAUGCUCAAAAACACUUUCUCAGGCAGGCUACUCUCGACAAGAAAAAGCGCCGUUCCAGCCUCUUUGACAUGAGUAACAGUUUGAACAGUAAGCAACGAGGCCUAAAUGCAGCUCAGUACUUUGAUUUAUCAAGUUCAUUUGAUGAAGUUCAUGAAGAGACCAACCUGCCUAUGAUCGACCUCAAUUUAUCCGAACACCAUAACGAAACCAGGAACCAAGGAACCGACAGCUCUCAACCUGCAGCAUCUCACCGUCAUUCAACCAUCUGGCCAUACGGAUCAAGAAAUUCACAGACAAACUCGACGACAUCUUCAAAUCCAGAUCUGGAGCUUAAACUUGCCGCGCCAAAGGCCAACGACGAAAACAAAGCAUCUGAGAGUCUGCAACUAACAGGAGCUAUUAGUGUUACCUGACUCAACCAUAUCUUUACAAAGAUCAGAUUGCAUUAUCAUAAUCACAUUUUUUUUUCUCUUUCGGAUAAAUGGCAUAAAGUAAUCUGAUGAAUCAACACCUAUAAUUAUUAAUGUAAUAUGUUCCAAAUUAUAUGCAAACACACAAUUUUUUA